UCCAGCAGGUAACUUUCAGCUAAGUCAAAAGCUGACACACUAGGCACUGAACUAACCUUUUUCUGCUCGAGCCAGUUUUGUCAGCUAGUAUGAAUAUCUACCUUGGUAUCGCAUUUGUGGCGCUUCUUGGAAGCUUACCAAAGGAUGUAUUGGGCAACGGUUGCCAUUUGCGCGAACUCGACUUCUGCGCCGCUGCUGCCGCAGGUAUCAACAAGGUCCCGGUUACUGAUGAAGAAAUUGACAGGUGCUGUUCCAUGACCAAGGAAGUCAAACACUGUGUUUUUUCAUUUUUCGACAGAUGUGCAACACCUCUGCAGCGAGAGAUUAUAAAUUUUAUCACCGAAGGUCCAAUUAAGACCGCCGAACGAUUCUGCGUGAAAGGUGACGAACUCCGAAAUCAGUAUCUUCAGCAAGCAGGGUGUUUGGCCAAGGCCCAGCCCAACGCAAAAGUGUGCUUCGAAGAUGUCAGAGCCGGCCUGGAGCGACUUGAAGUAGCGAAGUUCGAUGAUCGAAUUCCAAUGGCCUGUUGUAUUUACCGUCGCUACAAAAGAUGUGUCAUCGGUGUGAUUGAAAAGCAAUGCGGAAAGGAGAUAAUUGAAUUCGGCGAACUCGUGGCUAAAAUGAUUAUCGGUAACACGGUCAACGUUGUGUGCCAGAGUUACGAUUCAAAUCCUGUCUGUAACGCUAUUUUGCCGCUUCCCGGUACCAAAGCUACAGGUCAUUCGAAAUCAAUUUUAUCCAAGCUACUCAGUGUCUACACAUUAAUGUAAAUAUUUUAC